AUGAUGCAUAUGCAGGAGGCCACUGAAAAUAUUCUUCUCUUUCAAGAGCAACUCCACCAACUCCGUGAAUUGUCACUGGCGGAUAUUGACACGUCUACACCCCAGGACUCGGACCAGGCGACAGAUGAUGAGCAUUUUUCUGAGACUCAAGCCGCACCAACAGUGCAACAACAUUGGGCUCCUCAAUACCCAACGCAGGCAGGGUUGACACCCACCAUCCAGUUACUUGACAACGGGGCUAACAACAUGGAACAAAUUAGCCUGGUGAAACGUAUAAUUGGACGUACGAAGCCUGUACCUCAGGUGGCUCCUUACGACAAUGUUCAUGUUACUCGCAGAGAGCGAUUGUUGAAGAACGCUCAAAAUCGGGCACAAACAAUUCCGACCCCUGAUGAGACGCCGCCUAAUGGUCCGGAUUGGUAUCGGUGGAAUCCCCUGGUAGAAUAUUUUUUGGAACCUGCGGAUUUACACUUGGACAUGGACACUCCUCGGAAUUUAUCGUCGUCGGCAAAACGCUCCUUUGAUGUCUUCCGCAGAGUGAUGAAGUCCCCGCAGCAACAGAUGAACCAGGGUCACGUGAUAAGUUGCAACGUCACCGGAGCCCACGUUCACCCGAAGAGACCCACAGGCGGUACUGUAUCGACAGCGGCCGAGAUGAAGAUGCAAGUUAUUCAACUGACCCAACGGAUGAUGCAUGCAGAAGCAGACGGACGCAUAGACGAUGCGCGUGCAUUACAGGGUCUAAUUCCUGCUUCGAAUGAGACCCUGAAGACGUGUUCAAUAACGGUCGACAAACGGACACCGAAAGAAUGA